AUGCCUGACCAGCAUUCAACCGAGAUAUUUCGAUACGUACCACCUAUAUACAACGAACCACGUCCUAGUAUCACAAUAGUCAUGCUAUGGAUAUAUAGGAUCUUUGUAGUCUUGUCUUCGACUGUAUCUGAUAUGAAAGAUUCAGAUCAUAAUGGAAUAGACGCCUUGCUCUGGUGGUACCACGCUCGAGAGGAGGACGAAGCAUCACCAGAUGCACGACGUCGUAAAUCACUCCUGGCUCGCGACCCUGUACACUAG